UCAAGAUUGGAUUGGUUCUGAAAGGGGACUACUACUACUCAGUAUUUUAAAUGGUAGUCUACUUUCUCAACAAAUAGAUUGAUCGCAGCAAGCCGGAAAAAUACAUUUGAAGUAUGUUUUUUCUUUGUGAAAAAGGCAAGAGGCGUGGUUUUAUUACUACCAAAACUAGAUACUGAAAAAAAAACGGAUUUCGUUUUUAUUUCCAAUUACAUUGUAUUUAAAAAACGCAGUGGACAAGGAAAGCUAAAACAUUCAUUCAUUGGAAUUCAUAAUUUUGUGUGGGAGAGCGAGAAAGGUAGGCUACCAGAAUUGGACAUUGAGUAUUUCACCAUGGAAGAAGAUGAUAAUCGCAAUGGAGAGCGUCAAGAUUCGGGCGAAGAAUUCAACAGAGCUAUUCUUCCUCUUCUUCAAGCACCUGGGAACCAGCAACCGCACCGAAUCACGAACUUUUACAUUGAUAAUAUUUUGAGACCAGACUUUGGACGGCGGAAAGACGGGACUUUUAAUUAUGAUGAGAAUCACCUCAAUAGACGAGAGAAUAGUCCUCGUCUUCCCCCAAAAUCUGGGCAAUUAGGUGGGACCGUGGCAGGGGAAGGAACAUCGAAUUCUCGUUCAGUCGGUGAGCCAAAAAAAGAUAUUGUUGGAGAUGCGCCUCUCAAGUCCCGAGGAGAAAUUGGAGAUCAGUGCCUAAGCUCCGACUCGGAUAGUUCUCAAGCCAAUUCUGCACCUUCGUCGAAACCUAUGCUCUGGCCAGCCUGGGUGUAUUGUACAAGAUAUUCAGACCGGCCAUCCUCAGGGCCAAGAUCUCGUAAACCAAAGAAGUCGACCACUACCACGACAACGACGACGACCCCAAGCAAGGAUGACAAGCGUCCAAGAACGGCCUUCACAGCAGAACAACUCCAGAGACUAAAAACGGAGUUUCAGACUAGUCGGUACCUGACCGAACAGAGAAGACAGAGUCUGGCACAAGAACUCGGCCUCAACGAAUCUCAAAUUAAAAUCUGGUUUCAAAACAAGAGGGCUAAAAUAAAGAAGGCAACCGGGAAUAAAAACUCUUUAGCCUUGCACCUGAUGGCACAGGGACUAUACAAUCAUGCCACAUCAUCUAAGGAUGAAAAAUCAGACAGCGAUUGAAGAAAAGAUACAAAGCAAUAAAUAACUUUAAAGGGCCAGUGUACAAAAACACCAGCAAAUAUUUAAAACAUGAAUGAAACAGGAUUUUGCAAUAUUCUGUAGGUAUAGUUGUUUUUUAAAAUUGUUUUUUAAACUUUGCUAGGUAUUAUUACUGCACUGUAGGAGCUAGAAACACCAGCAUUUCGCUGCACAUGCGAUAGCAUCUGCAAAUCAGUGUAUGCGACCAAUACACUUUGAUUUGGUUUAAACCAUUUUGUGUGAUAAAACUUUUGCCAUGUUCUCCCUGGAACUUUAGAAUUGCUUCAGCAUCAAAGUUUGUUUUGUUUUUAACAAGUUUUGUUUUUAUCACAUUUGACCGAAAUAAUGGAAACAUGCUGAUGUCCAAAGAUUUGUUCUGCUGCAUUUUGGAAACUGUGAAUUUUAAAUAGACUAAAUAGUGUUUAUCUAUGUUUUGACGUUUUUUUUUAUCACACUGUUUCCUUGUACUUUGAUGUUCAUGUUGAAAAUAUGUUUUCUGAGGCUCCUUUGUUUUGUGUAAAAAUACAGCCUGUCUGAGUUGAUAUGGAGGGAACCAUACGCAUUAAAUGAUGCGUAUUAUCUGAUAACAAUGCAUUUUUAUAUUCAAGUGCUGCAUUAACUAUAGCUAUCUCGUGAGCAUUAAAAAUGAAUAAAUUCAGUAAAAUAAUUCAGCUUUGGGUACAUGUAUUGAUAUGAAACUGAGAUUUGAUGAAACAUAAAUACAUAAUAUAUUCAAUAGGCCCAUAAAUUACGUUAAACUUGACCCAAACUAUAGAAAUGAGUUGAGUCAUAAAAGGAAUGUAGCCUAACUUCACUUUCACGAAAGGACCUAUCUUGAAAUACCCAUAGCAUAUAGUAAGAAAAACAAAACAGUAUUUUAUAAACCGAAAUAUUUGUCUUGUAUGCAAGCGCGUAAAACGAACUUUCUUGCAAGUCUACCAUUGGUUAACAAUGCUAUGAUUCACCCCAAAGUUCAAGUUAUGCGCGCGUAGCUCAUAUCCAAUGGUUAAAUAGGGAGGAGUGGUGGGGGUGGAUGACAACAAUGGGAAUUGAACAGAUAACCAUUUGGAAUUAUAAUGGAAAUGCAUCCGUUUUGGGUCACUUCCACCACCAACAAAAUCCAAUUUAACCCCGACUCAAAUCAGGAUUUCAGUGCCAUGCAAGGACCUUUAACUUUGUACCAUAGGCCUAUAUGGAACAUCUUCACUUCAAUCAUUAUACUCUUAUGAAACACUUCACUGCUGAAGUAACGUCAAUGGGCAUCAUAUAUAAGACUACUGUACAAAUAAUGUAUCUCAAAUUGUCCAUGCCUUCCAUAGUUUGAAAUACAAUUUAUUGUUAUUUGCAAAUAACAUAAUGUUCAUAUUUAUAAACAAUAAUCAGCGCCCAUAUUGUUUCUCUAAAAUAAUGUUUACAUAACUUAUUUAUCUUGCAAUAACUUCUUUUUGUGAAUGAAACAUUUAGAGGCCUUUGCAUGAAACCUGCAAUCUGUCACCUGUAUAUCACGAGACAAAAGUUGCUGUAUCUACCAAAUUGUGGUCUUAUGAUGUGAAUGAUCUUUUAUUGUCAAUCUUAAGUGUGUGUAAAUUAAAAUCCAAAUUUAAAACACACUUUGCCUUAAAAAUUCUGUAAAUGAACUUUUCUAUGAGAACUGUGCUACAAAUAAAUAACACAUUAAAUGUUUAUAACAAGAAUGGGCAAUUGCCAUUAGAGAUGGUAUACAACGUGCAUUUACAACAGAAUAUUUAAGCAUAUGUAUAAAGAAGGACAAUGUUUUGGUUGUAUUUUUCUGUCAGUAUUCUUUGAUAUGAGACAAAUGUAAAUAAUUUGUAUCAUACUGUGAAAUUAACCAAUAAGUAAAUAAACCACAAGAAUACUAAGACAAGUUUAAAUCAUUUUUUUUUAAUAGUGAUAUAAACAACAUGUCAAUAAUCAGAGGGCUCUAAAAGUACAGGCUGAUUAACAUCUACUGUUAAUUCACAAACUGCCACUCUGGGAAUCAUUUCUAAGGCAUAAAUGUGAUAUGGCCAAGCCGCAUUUAUGUUGAAAUAACUGAAUAUCAACUUGAUUAACAAUUACUGGCCUGUCUCGAAGGUAAAUGAGACAGCAAGGAUAAUUUAAUCGAAGUACAGAACAAAUA